CAAACUAAAAAAAUCACACAUGAAAAGAAGUCAUGACUUCUGUUUUAAUAUAUUAGAUGUAUAUAAGUUUAGUAUUUUUAUAUUGUUGUUUGAACUUGUCAGGUAAAUUGAGUUUUAGUGGGAAAGUUUAUGUAGUUUACGGGAGUGUAUCCUUUUCUUCCAAAUGUUACUGUGUUAGUGUGCUAAGGUCUUUUUAAAAAGCUUGUCUUAGGUUCCGAAUAGUAACUACGGUUUAAGCAGUGCGGGACAAGUAGUUUAAUUGCGGUGCAGUUUUAACAGUUAUAAAAACGUAUAGAUAUAUAAUAUAUAUAUAUAUAUAUAGAUUUUUGUUACUGUUAACUGCGGUGGGGGCAUGACAGUUCGUAACAUUCGAAACCUUAGUUUAAAGCCUUUUUGGCUGUGUACAUAUAUAUUGUCUGUUUUAAAAUAAUGCUUAAAGUUCACAUUUAUUAAUAAAUUAUAUUAAAUUUUAAUUAUAAAAGCAUAAUUUUUAAUUUAUCUAUUUUAUAAUCCUAAACAAAAGAAAUUCAGAAAAUGCAAUUAAUAUUUUUUGAAGUUUACAAUUUUUACUUAUUAUUAGUUGACAAAUAUGCAUCGGAAAUAUAUAAAAUAUUUUUUUGAAAUAUAUAUAUAUAUAUAUAUACAUAUAUAUUUUUUAAACAUGUAUCUCUUAUGAAUGGAGGGAUUAGUUUAUAAAAAUUACCAACACAAUCUAAUUGCCAUUUUAACCAUCAGAAACGCGUCUUUUGUAAUGGCGUCAGUUUUCUUCUAACCUAUACAAAAUUCAUUAAAAUGCGGUUAUACUUUGGGCACUGGUCGAUCUUUGAAUGUUAAUAAUAACUCUAUUUUCUGACCUGUGAAUUAAAAUACGUGUAUACCCACCCGUACCGGUGAACCACGUAAUUGUAUUAUAUAUGGAGAUUUUUUAGUACAGUAUGUUAAUUUUGAAGAAAAUUAAUAUAUAGUUUAUUUACGCUAGGACGUAAAUGGAAGUGCUUUUGUAAUUUAAAAAAAAUGCGAUUGAUAAUGCGAUUGUACUCCAACAAUCUGUCAGUGUCUAUUGCUUGUGGAAGCCUGUCCCUUGGAGUGACUCGGAUACGCAUUUGAUUUCUUUAUUCAAUUUUUUUUUUUUUCAUGAUACGGCUAGUGGCUACCAUUCAAUUGGGGUUCUAAUAAAUUGUUUUCGAUUAACUUUAUGCGAACCGAUGCACGUGAAAAUAACGUUAAAAUUAGGCUUGUUGCUGAGUUUUUCUUCUAUAUUUUUUAUUAUAUUUGAAAGACACCCUUGGAAAUGUAAUGAACGUUAAUUAUUAUUUUUUUUGAAUUUUAUAAUUUAAAUAGUAGUAGAUUUGCUCAUAACGUUAUAAUAUAAACAAGCAAUACCCAUUUUAAAAUUUGUUGAUUAAUAUCUUCAAAAACUUCGAAAAUAAUAGUAUUCACUUUAACUAACAAAAAUAUGGUUUACAUGUAGACAUACACUACAAUAGAUCACUAGCUAGGAAAGAACCCCAUAAUUUUUUGUACUUAUCUAAUGUUACCAUACAUAUAUUUACCGUUAUCAACCUAAUUUAUUAGUCAUUGUCUUACUAAAUAUAGAUAAAUUUCAUUUUACGAUGACUUCUUUUUGAAGCGACCAUUUUCAAAUGCUGCGGCAAAUCCAUCUACAUUGUCGAGAUAUAUUGUCAACAUUCAACAGCCCUAUUAUAUAAAUAAGGGCUAUAAAGGGGCACUAGCAACUACCCUUUUACUUUGUACCCAAAAGAGUCUCUGAUCAUUUCCCCCUCAAAACGAGAAAUUUGUAGAAAACAAAUUAGGGGUUUUUGUCUAAGGAGAUCAGCUUAGGAAGAUGAAGAGGAGGCAAGUGGUAAUAAAACAAAGAAAAAGCUCCUACACUACGACUUCUUCUUCCAGCAACGUACGUUAUAUUGAGUGCCAAAAGAAUCACGCCGCUAAUAUCGGCGGCUACGCCGUUGACGGUUGCCGUGAGUUUAUGGCAAGCGGUGGCGAAGGAACCGAUGAUGCUUUAACGUGCGCUGCUUGUGGCUGUCACCGGAACUUUCAUCGGAAGGAAGUUGAAACGGAGGUUGUUUGCGAGUAUUCUCCUCCGAGUUGAAUCAACUAUCUAGCGAAGAUGGGGAAAAGAAGAAACAAAUACUAUAAGAAAGGUAUUGUUGAUUUUUAAUUAAUAAAGGGAAAAAAGUUCUGCUUUAGAGUUUGAUCUAUUGAGUUUUUUCUUUUAAUAUUAGAGAUGUAUUUAUGUAUCUACAUGGUCAUUGUAUAUUCAGAUACUUACAUUAACGCCAAUCUAUAUGAUUAAUGAUUCUUGAAUCUUGGUGUGAUGGAAUGUUAUAUACUUCAAAUAUAUGUGCCCUUGCCUUGUACGAAGUGUCUAAUUUGAUCUAUUUAGAACUACAAACAAUUUAUAUUUAGUAACUUAAAGUGUCAAGACUUUUGAGAAGUAGUAUAUGUAGAAAACAAUGAGCCGACAAUUUUUUUUGACGGAUUCUGAAGACGUACGUAAACCAUUCCCCAAAAUGCAAGAGUGUCCAGUCUAUACUAAUCUUGCUAAGCUAAUCACAAUAAGAUAUUAUAGUUCAUAUUUGUAUGCUAAUGUUGUAACCGCAGAUAUAAGAAAAAUAAAUUCUUAUUUGAAUUGGAGGAGAUGAAUCCUUUCUAAGAUAAGAGCACUUCCGUUGAAAGAGAUCAAUCCUUAGAAGCACUUGCGAUCUAUAUAUUUAGCACAUGUAUGUGGUCAAUGACAGCAACAGAAAAUGGGGGAUAUAUAGAUUUAUAAGUGGGAACCGAAAUUAAUAAGCGGAUUAUAUUUUUGGCCUUAUUCUUAUUCCUAUGGACCUAGUUAUGAUACGUAAAAUAAGAGGUGUAUUCAACUGAGAGUUUUAGGUGAUUUGUAGUAAAAUGACAAAUUCACUGUUAUUCAAACAUGAAUUUUAAAAACUCAUUUAAAAUCUACUGUUAUUAAACUUAA